GUUGUUCUGGCGCGGGGGCUUGAAGCCGGCAAGAUGGCCUCCAGUGACGGGAAACCCGGUGGCAUAUUCGACCACCACGUCCAGACAGCUGUGUGUGACUCGCGGGCCAAAUACAGGGAGGGCCGACGCCCUCGCGCGGUCAAGGUAUAUACCAUCAAUUUGGAGUCUCAGUACUUACUAAUACAAGGAGUUCCUGCAGUGGGAGCCAUGAAGGAAUUAGUUGAGAGAUUUGCUCUCUAUGGUGCGAUUGAACAGUAUAAUGCUCUAGAUGAAUACCCAGCAGAAGAUUUUACAGAAGUUUAUCUCAUUAAAUUUGUGAAAUUACAAAGUGCAAGGAUAGCUAAGAAAAAGAUGGAUGAACAGAGUUUCUUUGGAGGGUUACUUCAUGUGUGCUAUGCUCCAGAAUUUGAGACAGUUGAAGAAACUAGAAAAAAAUUAGAAGAAAGAAAGGCUUAUAUUUCAAGAGUUACUAAAAACCAAGACUAUUAUGUGACCAAGAAGAAACCAGUUCCAGAGCAAAAAGGAACAAAAGAUUCUAGACAAGACUUCCAUGCACAUAUGCCUGGAUUUUGUACACCUGCUUUAAACACAUCUCCCAAGAAUCCUUCAGAGAACUCAAGUCCUUGUCUUCCUUACUCUUGUGAAUUCCCUUUAUGCUAUUUUGCCUCCAAAAGCCCAUGUUCACCUGGGGAGCACACGGACAAAGCGUCAGACUCCUGCAAUAGUGCUAGGAACCGUGGUGAACUGCAGAAGCACCGUGACCACAGUGCCUUUCCCCCAAAACUACAGAUGAACACUUACAAAACUUCCGUCCCUUGCUCUAGUGUGCAAGAGGCCAUUGCUACUUCACAGGCAGUUGGCAGAUUUAUGCCUAGGACAACACAGCUGCAGGAGAGGAAAAGACGGCGAGACUGUGAUCGUGAACUUGGAACUUUUCUUGAAACAAACAUAAGCAGUAACGAGGUUUUGAUUGGACCUAAGUUACCAGGUAUUCCCACAGUAGAUCUGCAGGAUGACUCCUUGAAUACAACGGCAAACUUAAUUCGGAGUAAACUUAAAGAGGUGACUUCAUCUGUGCCGAAGCCUCCGGAGGACAAUGGUGAAGAUGUGUGUACAAGUCACCCACGAAAACAAAGAAGAAGAAUCUAGCUGGCCAGUGGGGAGUUAGUCUUGCCUUUUCUUUCUUUUUUCUUUUGAAUCAGGGUCUCCCUGGAGAGCCCUGGCUGGUCUGGAACUCGCUAUGCAGACCAGGCCGGCCUUGGGCCUCUGCCCCUGAGUGCUGGGAUUAAAGGGUGUGUGCCACCACACCCAACUAAACUGGUAUUUUCUGGAGAGAUUCUCUUUUAUGUCCGACCCAUUCUAAUUCUUUCAGGCAUCUUACUACUGCUGUUGUGAAGUGUUUCCUCUUAAACUGUCUGCAGAUAUUCCGUCUCUCUCAGUUCUGCACUCAGGGUGGCAGAGACUGUUCUCUUCACUCCACAGUAGUUAUGACAAUAUGCAAAUUGACUGAAACGGACAUGCAAAUGUGAUGCAAAUAAAGGAGAUCAGGGUCUCACUUUAAUUCAAGUGUUGAGCGGGUUGUGCUCAAAACUAGCAGGGGAGUUGUUUUUGAAUACCAGAGCUUCGAAAUGAAAGCAGGUCUGUAAAGAGAAAGUGCCAAUAAAACGUUAAAACAAAGUUGAUAAUAGAAACAUAUAUAAUGUAAUUUCUAAGACCAAUUUAUAUCAACUAUGGUGAUGUUUAAAACUAAUGAAGUUUGGAAAUUCUAGAUUUCUACACUAUCAGCAUAUCUGUGUUUUUUCUUCUGUCAGCAGACCACUGUGUAAUUUUGUUAGGCUGUUUCCAUUUUCUUUUCUAGGAAAAAAUAAACUGAGAAGACACGUGC